UGCACCGGAUUGAUGUCAUGACGGAGAUUUUUGCAGGUUGUCUGCACCUGCACACACUCCAUCCAAUGAGAGCUCAUUGGUUAGCAAUUAUGGCAUUAUUGGCUGAAUUUUUCAGUCUGAUAUAAAAGGAAGAGGAGUUGCCGAAUUUCUGGCAGAAGCUUGUUUUCUUUUCAGUUUUCCUCUGCUAGCCAAUUAACUUCACUACACACAAAAAUGCCAGCUCCAUUCGAAAAGGGUUCCGAAAAGAAGGGUGCCACCUUGUUCAAGACCAGAUGUUUGCAAUGUCACACCGUUGAAGAAGGUGGUCCUCACAAGGUUGGUCCUAACUUGCACGGUAUCAUGGGCAGAAAGUCCGGUCAAGCCGUUGGUUACUCUUACACUGACGCCAACAAGAAGAAGGGUGUCGAAUGGUCCGAACAGACCAUGUCUGACUACUUGGAAAACCCAAAGAAGUACAUCCCAGGUACCAAGAUGGCUUUCGGUGGUUUGAAGAAGCCUAAGGACAGAAACGACUUGGUCACCUACUUGGCUUCCGCCACCAAGUAAGCGGCUUCCAGCAUAGAGUGAACGAAAGUGCUCGCCCAAUAUCUCGGUAACGAAACCACUAGUCAAAAUCAUGCCUUUUCGUUCAAUGCACCUGUUCUGCUAUAGAUUUAUUUCUUGUAAUGCCAAUGAGCUUCAAUCUGGUUGAGUCUGGAGACUCGGCGAAACAGUCGGCUUGUAUUUCCUAUGGUCAUUUCUUACUGUCUGUACAUACAACAUCAUUCAAUACAUUCAUAUUUAUUAUGUUUACU